AUGACGCGGUUGACCACGCCUACGCGCUGGCAGAGUCAGCACGGGUCUGGGCCGAGCGGUCCUCUUCCAUCGUCGAUGCCACGCGGGAGGAGCAGGCAGACCAGGAAGCGGUGCGCGACUGACCUCGCGAAGUCCGUCCGCCGAGUGGGCAAGGCCAUGGCCGGCGCCAAUGCGACGCUGAAUUACUUGGACGCCGCGAGGUACAACCUGGAGCUGCAGGAGCAUUUGCAGAACGUCGACCCCCAAAUGGAGGUUUAUGUUCUGACGAAGGCUGGAGAGACUGCCCUGAAGGCGAGUGACGAGCUGUACGAGGCCUUGCAGGUGGCCUAUCGUGCCAAAACGCUGGCGGACGAGGCCAUCUCGCACGGCAUCACGUCCAUGCCGAAGCUGCGGGAUAGUGACGUCCAUCUGUCACCUCUCAACGAGGCAGAGGGUGCGGACUUCAACGACGAGCAGGACCACUCGCAAGACGCGACCGUCCACGGCAAAGAGGUCCUCAAGGCCAAGCAGAAGGUCUCCAAGAUGGACACCGGAGAGCCCAUGGGCUUCACCUCGGCGGGCUGCGAUUGCGAUCCGCAGGCGAAGUGUGCUCUUCAAGGCCGAUCCUUCACCUGGUGCCGGGUAGGUGGCGGCAGUUGCCCGUUGCUUUCCGCGGAAGCCAGGAAGGAGCAUCCCAAGGACCCUGCGCUGCGCGACCACAACCUGUACAAGUCAGUUGGUCCAGACACCGUCCGAGAGCGAGAUCUCGAGCGCUCCGGGACCGUCUGGGACUACUGCGAGCCAAAAUUGGGCUUGACCAGCGCAGGUGCGGCGCCCCGCACUGCGCAUGGCGCGAUGUGCGCUUGGCGCGGCGAUUUGCUCAGGAGAUAUCACGAAGAUCCCUUCUUCAAGGGCAAGGACGGCAGCCUGGAUGUCUCCAAGGUGCCAAUUCGGGAUCGGCUGUCAGUGGAGGCGAUGCUGCAAUACCAGAAGGAUCCUUCGCAUCAGCAUCUCUGCACGACGACGGACGAGAGCGGCGCAUUCCACAUCUGCCCCACGGCUGUGGACGACGAGCGCCCAGAGCUCGCCGGUCGCGGCUGGAAUGCUUCACACAGCUGGGACUUCUGCAGUGAACGCUUCUCCGAUCCGGUCUCCGGCACUGCGGAAGCCUGGAAGCCACCAACCACCGACCGCUCCGUCCACGAGGAAGUGUCCGAGCCGCUGCCCCCGCCCGGUGCUCCAAAGCUUCCGGAGCGUUCCAUGGCCCCCCCUGAAGAGGUUCGCCUCGUCGACAUCAUGCCGGAGCCAGAGCCGGCGAUGUACCCAGCACCAGCAGCUUCGGCACAGGAACUCAGCACGCAUCCCUACGGUGGCAUGCAGCAAGCGAGGAUGCCCUCUUUGCUGCUGCCCUUGGCCUGGGUGCCGCCAGGCCGAAGCAGCCACCGACGACGGCGGCACAUUGGUGAGUUCCUCGUCACCGCAUGGUGA